GUUUUCAGCCCGGAUCAAGGGGUCUCUGACCCCAAUUCAGCACCUCUUCUGCUCCCAGUAUCUAGACGCCAUGACCGAUGACACUGUGUUCAAUUCGGAAAGCAGCUUCAGCUUCCCAGCACUGCCUGCAGACAAUGAGGGAAGAGAUAUCAGGCUGUUUUCCUCCGGGGAUGAGGACAGCAGCCUGUAUUUUACCUACAGUGGGGGUUGCAAUGAACUGGAGGUCAGAAAUCUACACUAUCAGGUGGACACAGCAGCACAGAUCCCCUGGUAUGAGAAACUGUCAGAGUUUAAGAUGCCUUGGGAGAUGCGGGGCAACAAGCAGACUGCUAUUAAUGACCUGAACCUGAGAGUGCACAGCGGACAGAUGCUGGCUGUUAUCGGCAGCUCAGGCUGUGGAAAGACCUCCCUGUUGGACAUUAUAACAUGUCGUGAUGAAGGCGGCACCAAGAAAUCUGGAGAGAUACUCAUCAAUGGCAAACCCUGCACACCCUCGCUAGUGAAGAAAAGCAUUGCUCACGUCCGACAGGAUGACCGCUUGUUACCCCAUCUGACAGUACGGGAGACUCUCACCUUUGUGGCCAAGUUGCGUCUACCAGCACAUUUUACACAGGCACAGAUAGAUCAAAGGGUGGAUGAUGUCAUUGCCGAGCUGCGGCUGAGACAGUGCGCUAACACACGAGUGGGAAAUAACUAUGUGCGUGGUGUAUCUGGUGGAGAGAGGAGGAGGGUCAGCAUUGCUGUUCAGCUACUAUGGAACCCAGGUAUUCUUAUACUGGAUGAGCCUACUUCAGGUCUCGACAGCUUUACUGCUCACAACCUGGUUAUCACCCUGUCUCGUCUGGCUCGAGGGAACCGUCUGAUCCUGCUCUCAGUGCAUCAGCCACGCUCAGACAUCUUCCAGCUCUUUGACCUGGUGGUGUUGCUGUCCUCUGGCUCAGCCGUGUACUGCGGCCCUGCCAAAGACAUGGUGCCCUACUUCACGUCUCUGGGGCAUCCAUGUCCACGCUACUGCAAUCCUUCGGAUUUCUAUGUGGACUUGAUCAGCAUUGACCGCCGCAGCUCAGAAAAAGAAAAAGAGUGUCUGGAGAGAACAAGGGUCCUGGCUGCCCAGUUUGCUGAGAAGGUGAAGAACACUGAGGACUUCAUGUGGACGUCUGAGGAGCACAACGUUCCAGUGCUAGAUAAAAAUAUUGUAAGCGACAUUCCAUCUACGCCAAAAACUGAAACAAGCGUCACAGUGUCACAAAGGAAGGACCAGCGACCAGGCCGUCUGCACCAGUUCUCCAUUCUGAUUAGGCGGCAGGUAUUUAAUGAUUUCCGUGACUUGGUGACAAUGGUGGUGCAUGGCCUAGAGGCCCUGCUAAUGUCACUGCUCGUGGGCUUCCUGUACUUCGGGGCAGGUGAGCAGAAGCUGCCAGUGCAGGACACUGUGGCUCUGCUCUACAUGAUUGGAGCUCUCACACCGUUUGCUGUAGUACUGGACGUCAUAGCCAAGUGUCAUUCAGAAAGAGCCAUGCUGUAUCAUGAACUGGAAGAUGGAAUGUACUCAGUCACCCCUUAUUUUUUUGCCAAGGUCCUGGGUGAGUUACCAGAGCACUGUGUUUUCACGCUGGUAUACAGCCUGCCUAUCUAUUGGCUAGCUGGCCUGAACGACUCACCAGACCGCUUCCUGCUCAACUUCAUGCUGGCAUGGCUGAUGAUCUACUGCAGCCGCUCCAUGGCUUUGUUUGCAGCAGCUGUGCUACCCACUCUCCAGACUUCAUCCUUCAUGGGAAACUCCUUUUUCACUGUUUUCUAUCUGACUGGGGGCUUUGUGAUCAACCUGGACAACAUGUGGCUGGUCGCUUCUUGGUUUUCCUAUAUUUCCUUCAUGCGCUGGGGUUUUGAUGGGAUGCUGCAGGUUCAGUUCCGUGGAGUUCAAUAUUCAGUCAGCCUGGGAAACCUGACCAUCAAUGUAGACGGCAUUAAAGUGGCAGAGCUGAUGCAUAUGAACCAGUUCCCACUAUACUCCUGUUAUUUGGUGCUGAUCGCUGUAGUGUUGGUCUUCAUGUUGCUCUACUUUCUGUCACUCAAGUUCAUUAAGCAGAAGUCCACUCAAGAUUGGUGAAGAAAAAGCUACUGCUGAAAUCGCUUUUGGAUGAACUUUUGAUAAACUACUACACAUGAAGCCAACCUGUUGCAGAAGGAUAGCAGCACCAGCAUGUUUUCCGUCCACACUGAGGAGAUGUAUGAAACCUUAGGACAAAAGUGUUCAUGUGCUGCAUGUUUGUCAGCACUGUCAUGAACAGAGAUUUAACAAUCCAACAAUUUGAUGGACAGUGAAGGGAAAAGAUCAAAAUCGCAGAUUUAGAAAUUUAUUUUAAGUCGCUCUGUGUCAGAUAAGGGUAACUUUUUGGAAUAAUGGCUUUAUUAGUUUGUCCUUAGAAAGUCUUGACAGCUCCAUGUUUGUCUCAUUAUUUAAUUAAGUUCAUGUUCUUCAGAAAAUUCCCGUUUAAAAAUCGUUUAAAAAAAAAAAAGUCUAAAGAGGCCAGUGACAUGUCAGGUAUGUAGCAGGAGAGUGUUAAGAGAAGGCGCUGCUGAGCAGCAAAUGGAGUAACGUAUGAUUAGAGACUCAGAUUUUGUGUUAAUUUUUAUUUUAUACUGCACUUUAGACUACCUUUAUUGGCAUAUUUACCCCAUUGUGUUUUGUGUAUGCUUUUUUCACACUCUAGACGGCUUAUCAUGGCCGUUAAACACCCCAAAACCCAUACUACAAUGACUCAACAACUGAGGCCUGCUUCACAGGUAGCGACCCUAGAGUUGGGGGCUUCAUUUCAACCCCGCUGCUCUCAGGUUAUUGAUGCAGGGUCCCUAAGGUGAGAGUUACUAAGCUCGUUGAAACAAGACGGUGCCAAGAUUUUUAAAACCAAACUCACCGAGUGAUGAUUUGUCCACAAUUAGAGCUGACCUACGAUUAAUGAAAACGCAUCUGGAAAUGACAAAGCCGCUUCGGACGCAGAGCUGGCUGCACUCAGAGGUACAGUGGAGGAAAUGAGUAACUAUGGCUCUCAGUCUGUACUGACACCAUAGUUGAGCUUAACAGCAAGCUUGCGCACUUCACAGCUGAGUUUGUCUCACAGAAGACACUUAUGAACAAACAGGAUAGUUGUUUCAAGUGUUCAUUUUUAUAUUAUACAUUUACCAAAGACUAGCUAUCGAACGGAGAGGAGCGCAAGAUGUCAAAUCUGAAGAAUUCAAUACUGAGACACACAUUUAGAAAGUUAUCUUUCAUUAACGGAAAUCACUAAAUCACUAAAAUGUGGAGUUCAGGAGUUCUCUGGCCUCCAAGAAAAUGUCUACCUAACUUCAAAUGAGCUAAUAAAACACUGCUACAAGCUUUAAUAUAUAUGAUCUAUCAACUGGGAGUCUGCAUAAGGGCACAUAGAGAGGGGGAGCUGACAGGGUGAGUUGAUAACGGUAUUUAAACACAACUCAGAGGUUCCAUAUAUUCACACUUGUGAGUGUUCGAGUUGUUUAAUAGACUAAACCCUGACUGCCGCUGGAUGGCAGCAAAGCACCAUGAACUCCCAUCUUCCAUUGCAGCCAGUUACCCCCCCCCCCCCCCCCCCCGCUUUCUUUUAUUUUCAGCAAAUAACCUCAAUCUGCAGCUUUUGUUUGUCUUUUCUGCAUGUUUAUUUUCUAUACUGUGAUUAAUAAUGAGUUAUGGAAGCAUUAGGCAUAUUUAAGAGAUAUCUUGGAGAUCUUGAGUAAGUUGUUAAAAUCCUGAUGCACGUUUUGCACUGGUGCAAAACAAACAAAACCUAAGAAAUGUGGCAAUAA